AUGUUCAAGUGGGAUCCCUUCGAAGAGGAGACGAGGCUGAUGGUAGGCACCGGUGCCAACAAGAUGGUUGUGUCUCGGGAUGGAUCCCUCGUAGCAACUGGCGACCCCCGAGGCACAAUCAAGAUUUUCGCCACAGCCGAUUUCUCGCUGCUAUAUCAGCUAUCUUCGCAAGACUUCGUUAAUGAUCUGGCUUUCAGUUCAGAUUCCCGGCGGCUUUACGAUAUGCGCGGGCCUUAUGGCAACGUGUGGGAACCAAACACGUUGAUUCGUCUUUCAGACAGCUCUGAAGUCCCAGAUCACAACAGUGAUGCGACUGGUGAGACGGAAAGUCUUGCCAAGAUGUCACUCCUCCCGGAGCACCAGUCAGCCCGAGUCAAUAGCCUGAACAUUCUCUCAUCGCAACCGCAAGGCACUCUCUAUUGUUUCGGAACAGACAACGGCCUGGUAGACCUCUGUGAAAACGGCAACGGUACAGUUCUCCGGAUGGAAAGGUUGAGUAGCCGAAUGUCUGUCACCCACAUGGCAUGGAGUGAUGAUGGUCGUCGGAUCGCACUGGCUAAUCGAGCUCGAAGGCUUUGGAUCAAAACUGUUUCCCAAGGCGUCGAUGAUCGCCAAGCUUGGAAGGCUGAUUCGGAGCUCAACGUCAUCCUUGCACCUAAGAAAGGCAGGGCCACAGGUUUGUUGUUUCAAACGGCAGGCCAGAAGUUAUGCGCGCGCACGCCCUCCAUGCUCCUUUCCGUCGAUCUCGAGACCCAGCAUUGGACCGAGGCUGAACUUCCGAAAAACAUGGAGCAGUGCAAAUGGAUCAAUCACCCAACCAAACAAGAGUACCUGCUUGCCUUCGGACCCAGUAAGGUUCAAGUCUUCCAGUGGUCUACCAUGCGUGAAGUUGGGGAACAGCGUUAUUCGCAACCACAUCUUGUUGGGCCAUGCAUCUCCCCAGUCUCUCCCACAGAAGGCCAGGGUGAUGAAGAUGAACAUUACACAGUGGGAAGACUCCUCGCGCAGGCCGGAUCAUCACGCAUUCUUCUUCAGUUGUUAAGCACCACUGUGUCGAACCGACUUAGGCACAGGUACUUCCUUUUCGAUGUAAACGAACUGCGGAUAAAAUCCCGAGAUGAAAACGGCAACAGCGGGGAAGAACCAGUAUUUUGUGACUCCUCUUCCUUCGCAUGCGUCGCUCUUCCUACACGCAUCGCAUCUCGGAUUAGGGAACCGUUGUCGCUGAUGCCGCGUCAUAAACUCAUAUUCCUCGACGUUGAGAGAUGGGUCUGCACGUGGCGGCUUCCGCAUUUCUCACCUACGUCAACCCCGUUGGAGGCUGCAGAUAUCCAGAGAUACUACUUUUUGCCAGGAGAUUGGGCGACAGCCGACGAGGCGCACCGUUGUGUGGUGAUGGCGGAUGGGACACUGCUUUGUCCAAGAAACGGAGGAGUAGCCGCUGUUCAGUGUGCAGACCUGUAG